AUGUCCUCCUCCUCCUCGAUGCGACGUCCUCUCCGAAACAACAAGAACAACGGGGCGCUUCUUUUCCUCGCGUGUCUUUUAAUUUCUCUUGCCGCGGUAUCUCUCGGGGUCGUCGGUGCCGAAGAUGGGGACGACCAGCAGCAGCAGCAGCAGCAGCAGCAACUGUUAUUGGAAGCUGUCCUGUCAACGAACCCUUUUCCUUCUUCUUCGUCCGUGAAGUCAUCGAUGUCAUCAAACCUACCGCUCGGUUCGUCGUCGUGGGCGACGAGGAACGAGGUCGUGGGCGACGACGACGAAAGUUUUGAGUACGACGAAUUAGGUUUUGAUUGGUUGACAGAUAACGGUGAUGAUGGCACGUUUGAAGAAGAAGAUGAAGAAGUUCGAGGUUUCGAGAAGACGGAAGAAGGCGUCGACGGGUACGAAUGGCUCGGGGAAGAAGGCGAAGAAACAGAAGAAGAAGAAGAAGAAGAAGAAGAAGAAGAAGAAGAAGAAGAAUACAACGGUGAGUACGACGACGAGGACGAGUUCCAUCCGACGUAUUGGGAAGUCGCCGGCGUGAUGGAUGAAGACCAGGAUUCUACCCCCAUCGAAUAUCCUCCUCUUCCGCUGUUGCGAGGGAAAGAGGCCGACGAGCACGAAAUGUGGGCGUCGUUUCCGACUUUUUUCAAGUCCACAGAAACGCACGUUACGUACGUUAUACCGAACGAUAUUCGUCCUCACAUUGAGUCUGUUGUUCGGCGCGAAAUUUUGAAAGUGCUGUAUCUUGGUCUCACCAUGUUCGUGCUCGUCGUUUUCGUGCUCGACACGUGCUGCGGAGGCGUUUUUAACGAAAGCUCUCCUAACACCGAAAGAGAGCUUGAGCGUAAUUUUGACAGAGACGAGGAGGAGCGCGGACAUUGGGAAAAACUUCACGAUCGCUUCGAACAACCUUUAUAUUUUGAUACAGAAUAUAAAACGUUUCGAGAAUUCCCGCCGCCGACGCCGCCGCCGACGAACGCGAAGCAGGCAGCGACGCAAACGUCGACCGUUUCUCGCGUCGUGUAA